GCCUUACCUCUCGCGCAAUGAGAAUAUCGGCGUUCGCGGCCGUCCCCCCUCCGCCACCGCGAGCGACAGGACUCUCCUCCUCUCUACGCUCUCUCUCUCUCUCUCUCUCUCUCUCUCUCCAGAUGGAGCGCGGUCUCAGCGCUUCAAUCUGGACCCUAAACCCCUUUCUCUCGUUCCAUCUAAAAACCCGAAACAUUCGUCUCCUUCGCCAACUCUUCUCCCGAAUCUCUUCCAGCUCCGUUUCCAUCGACCCGCAGAUCCAUUCCUUAAUCGCCCAAGCACUCCUCAAAUCCCAUCGCCUCAAAGAAGCGGAGCAGUUCCUCUCCCACGCGCAAAAUCUCGCCUUUCUUUCCCGGAAGCGCCUCUGGAGCUCUGUAAUCCAGGGAGUUUGCGUCGAGGAAGGAGAUCCAGAUCGAGCGCUCUCACUACUGCAAGAGUGUGUGAGAAAUCGUGGUAUUUGUCCCUCUCCCAAUACUUUUCGAGCAUUAGUUGCGUCAUUUAGCUCUUGGGGUAUGAUGGAAAGGGCCAUUGAGGUGUUGGAUGUUAUGACGGAUGAGAAGAAUGGGUGCCAAUUUGAUAAUUUUGUUUGCAGUUCGAUAAUCUCCGGGUUUUCUAAGAUCGGAAAGCCGGAACUUGGUUUGCGAUUUUAUCAAAGAGUAGAGAAAGUUGAUGGCUUUCAGCCGAAUUUGAUAACUUAUACAGCUGCGGUUGAUGCAUUGUGUAGAGAGGGUAAAAUUGAUAAGGCAACCGAUUUAAUUAGGGAGAUGGAGCAGAAAGGUGUGAUCUUGGAUGCAGUUCUUUAUAGUAGCUGGAUAUGUGGGUAUUUAAGGAAGGGAUUUCUGAUGGAGGGGCUUCGGAAGCACCGGUUGAUGUUAGAAAAGGGGAUAAUGCCGGAUGUAGUCAGCUAUACUAACAUCAUUGAUGGGUUAUGCGAGGAAGGGAACGUAGAGAAAGUAUUUGGGUUGCUAAAUAAGAUGGCAAAGAGUGGCAAUGAACCUAAUUUGGUUACUUACACCGUGGUCAUUCAAGGUUUCUGCAAGAGAAACAAAUUAAAGGAGGCAUUUUGCAUGCUUAGGAAAUUGGAAGAAUCGGGCCUUGAUGUGGAUGAGUUUGUAUAUUCAGUUUUGAUUGAUGGAUUUUGUCAGAAGGGAGAUUUGGAUGGAGUUUUUGCUUUGCUUGGGGAAAUGCAGAGGAAAGGACUUGAAGUGGGGAGUGUCACAUACAACACGGUGAUCAAUAGUUUGUGUAAGGCCGGCAAGACAAGUAAGGCAGAUGAGUUCUCAAAGGGUUUUGCCAGUGACAAUUUCACAUAUAGUGCGUUGUUACAUGGAUAUGUGAAGGAAAAGAAUGUCGUGGGUGUAAUGGAUGUAAAGAGGAGAUUGGAGGAAGCGGGCAUUUGUAUGGAUGUCAUCACAUGUAACAUACUUAUCAAGGCUUUGUUCAUGGCAGGAAUGGUCGAGAAUGCUUGUGAGCUGUUCAAAGAAAUGCCUGAGAUAGGCUUAGCUGCAAACUCUGUUACAUACUGUACAAUGGUUGAUGGGUAUUGUAAGCAUGGAAUGAUCGACAAGGCAUUGGAGAUCUUUGAUGUGUACAGGAGAACUUCAUCAUUUGCUAGUGCUGCCAUUCAUAAUUGUAUUAUUAAAGGACUCUGUAAGGAACAUAUGUUAGAUAUGGCUGUCAAAGUGUUCCUGGACCUCACUGAUAGAAACCCAAGUCCUGAUUCUGUCACUUACAGGAUGUUGAUAAGAGCCCACUUUAGAGAAGGUAAUGGAGAAAGAGUCUUGAAGUUUAUUCAAGGGUUGGAGAUGUUAGAUGCUGAGUUACUCUCUUCCAUAUGCAAUGAUAGUGUUGCUUUCUUAUGCUCAAAAGGUUCUCUUGCAGCCGCUGUGGAUGUAUACAUGUUAGCUAGAGGGAGAAGUUUAGCCAUUAUGAGCAAAUCAUACUAUAAAAUCCUCAAAGGUCUCCUUCAUAAUGGAGAUAAACAGAUUUUUCAACUGAUAAUGUGUGAUUGCAUCAAAGAUCAUGGAACUUUUGAACCUAGAAUAGUUAAUAUAUUGUCUCUUUACCUUUGUAAGAGGAAUGUACAAGAAAGUAUUCAGUUUUUGAGUGAUAUGAGCAAUAAGAAUAUUUCUGUCAGUGUUAUGACAGCAGUUGUUGAUGCACUUAAGAAGGAAGGUAGAAUUCAGGAUGCACAUAAAUUUCUGAUGGAAGCUGAGGAAAAUGGAGCAUCGCUGGAUGUAGUUGUUUACUCCAUUGUGGUGGAUGGACUUUGCAAGGCAGGGUACCUCGAAAAAGCAUUAGAUCUUUGUGCAAGAAUGAGAAAGAAGGGGAUCAAUCCAAAUAUUGUUAUCUACAAUUCAGUGAUUAACGGUUUGUGCCAGCAGGGAUGUCUAGUUGAAGCAUUUAGGUUGUUUGACUCUUUGGAACAUAAUAGUGUGCUUCCUACAUUUAUUACAUAUGCUACUCUUAUAGCUGCUCUAUCUAAAGAAGGUUUCCUGCAAGACGCAAAUCAGUUACUUGAUAAGAUGUUUCAUCAGGGCAUCACCCCGAAUACUCGCAUUUACAACUUAUUGAUAAGUGGAUAUUGCAGCUUUGGACUAAUAGAAGAAGCACUCCAGGUUCUUUCAGAUUUGGAGGGAAGUUGUCAACAACCAGAUGCUUAUACAAUCAGUGCUGUGAUCAGUGGUUGUUGUGUAAGAGGUGACAUUGAAGGUGCUCUAGCUUUUUUCAUUGAGUACAGAAAGAGAGGGUUUUCUCCAGAUUUCCUGGGUUUCCUGAACUUGAUAAGAGGACUCUUCGCUAAGGGAAGGAUGGAAGAAGCAAGGAGCAUAUUGAGGAACAUGCUUCAGUGUACAGAAGUCACGAAUUUAAUUAACAGAGCUGGAGAUGGGCUUCAUGUAGAAUCAUUAGUAAGUCUUCUAUUUCUUGCAUGUGACCAGGGGAGAAUUCAAGAAGUCAUUGUUGUCCUAAGUGAAGUUGGAUCUAUGUUUUUUCCCUCGCGGAGGUCAGACAGUGAAAACAGACAGCUCAAGAAGCUGCAUGAAUCAGGAUAUUUGGAUACUGAUACUGAAAUGAUAGACUCUGCAAGAGGAGGAAUUUAUCCAGUAGUGAUUAAAGUUCCUGGAAACUUGUAUGUGAAAUCAGAACCAAAAAAUAUGAUUGGAGAUAUAGUUGAUAUGAAUCACAGAUCAUGCAAGGAGGUGGAAAAGGAUCAUGAGAUAGAAGAUUAUGAACAUUUAAUAGGAAACUCACUAUGCUAUGAUUUCGAUGCUUAUUACUCCAUCAUUGCUUCGCUUUGUUCAAAAGGGGAACUGCAUAAGGCUAAUAGUGUAGUCAAAGCAAUGCUUCUGAGUUCUGGAGAACGUUGUUGAUUUAGCCCUUUGCAACUCUUUUAUAAUUUAUGGACGUUGCCAAGGGAAGAUGGGCUUUUUACCUUUCUAUAUCGUCAAUCCAUGCUAAAAUAAAUCUCAGGAGAGGUUGGACUACUUGGAGGAUGGGAAAAAUGUCUUCAGAUUAUGUCUUAGACUAUGCUCCUCCUUAUUUCCAGUCAAUGAAUGAAUUAGAGAUUUUUUUUCUUAGAGUAUGACCAGCCAUCAACAGCUCAAAGAAUGCUGAGUCAACUGCUUGUUACAGUUUUUACAAUCAAUCCUGAAUAUGCUUCUACAUCUCAUUGUUCAUGGUAGUGAAACCCUUCAGGUUUUGUAGGAGUUGAAGCCAAAUUUGUUUUGUUUUCUUAUAAAAAUUGAAUCUUUAGCGGUGGGCAUGGUAGCUUUUCGAGCAAUCCGAAGCUGAACAGGGAACAGUGUGGUUGGGCAUUUGCUCCAUUUAUCUAUUCUUGUGCCCUAACUUCACUGUAUGUCCUUGUCUCUUUGGCUGUCUAAUUAAUAUUGGGGUAAUACUGCUAAUCUCUGCAGUAGGAUGGUCACAGGAUUCAUCACCAGAACCUUGGGCAUGUUGCGAAUGGCGAGUUAUGGCACCCUGUUAGUCACUUGCGCCUGCUUGACCUAUGGAUUGAUUGCUAUUUUUCUCAAGCAUUUUGAUGAUGACGGGUUUUUAUCAUUUUGGAUUACUCGCAGUUAUCUGGGAAGUUAUAUAGGAAUUUGGAUUCUGUACCUCAGAUUCUUCAUUUCACAUUGCCUUUCCCCAUGCUUGAAUACCUCUUUUCUCUGUGGAAGAGGAGUCCAUGGAAGAGAGGUUCACACUUCCAUCCAGAUAGAACUUUAUGGAUGCCCUAUUUGGUAUUCAUUUUGUGGUUGGAGUUUGUGACAUACUUGCAUCAUCACAGGCAUGAUGAGAAACUUCCCUGGUAUCGCAGAGAGGUGUAAAAUCAUAUAUAUGUCCUCUCUGAUGUGCAUCUGCCAAUCUCCAACCAUUUAGAAAAACCACUAUUAUAUUUAGGAAUGGAGUUAUCUCCGCAAAGGACUGUCGACACUAGAACAGGAUUAUGGAUGGAUCCACAACAUCCACCAUGAUAUGGGACUCAUGAUACAUCACCUUUUCCCACAGAUACCUCAGUACUAUCUAGUGGAAGCUGUGAAGUACAAGCAAGGUCAGAGAACAAUUCAAAAUGGAAGAUCAAAGAGCACAGAUCACAAGGCUAUUCUUUUGCCAUUUAACAAAGAAUUCGAAGAUCAAAUUAUGAGAUGGAUAUAAAUAGGAGAGUCAAACAAAUGCAUACUUUUUCAGCUGAAAUAUUGGAGAUGGAAGAAAUGGUGAAGAAAAGACAACUGACCAGUCCAGUGAGAUUGAAAUGGAGGGGAUAAGCCAGGAACAUGGGCAGAUUUCAUUGUGGAAGAGAUAGAACUGGGUAAUGGAGUGGAUCCUUCGAUUCAAUGAAGCAGGAACUUUGAAGCCGAACUCACUCAUCUACUGCAGAAGAUGCAAGGGCUCCAAAUACCAAACCAAUAUCUUCUGAGAUCUUUGAUGCUGUUUCAGCAAAAGCAACUGUCGCCAGCAAGAUGAUGGCGAGGAGGGGGAAGUAGCUCCCUCACUGGCCAGAACUCCCAGAACCAAGAACAGAGAAUGAUGGUGAUAAAAGGAUCGAGGGAUAUAUUUCAUGAGCCCUAUGAACUCUUAGAGCUUGAUCAGGGAUUUAAAAGGGAAGCUGUGCGGUGUAAGUCUGCAAGGCAAGCAUGCCGUAUCUUGUACCGGCUAGUUGCAUUGCAAGAGGUGAACAUGUUAAGGAAUGGAAAUACCCUUUCUAAGAAAGCGAAGCACCUUGACACUUUCAAAUUAUGAGAGAUUUCUUUAUGUUGUUACAAUGGUCGCAGCUCUUUGAUAAAA